AUUGAUGCAUACUCAGAUCCUAUCAACUACGACUUCCUCUUCGAUCUGGAGGAAACACAAAAUGGAUUGAUUCCCAAGGGCACCAACGCAGAGUAUUCAAAUUGUUCAACGCGUCCAUUAGUCGCCAAUGAAACGCUGGCCAAGGGAUGGAGCAAAGUAGUGUACCCACUGGAUACGAAUGCAGUUGUCAAGUUUCCAAAUCUUGAGGGAAGAACGUACCACAAUUGUUUUCAUGCAAAUUUUGGAAAAGAGGACUGGGAAGUCCGCUGUCGUCUACAGUUGUUGCGUGGAUUUAUCAACGAAAUCAAGAUGCUCCUACGACUGCAAAACGACGCAAACGUCGUAAAAGUAAGCUAG